AAAGAGAAACUAAAACGGAGAGACACUUUUCAACCUGUCUUUAGGCCGGCCACAGUUUUACCGGACUCUGACAACAAAAGACAUGGCCACUGCCAGACCUCUAAUGACGGAAGAUCAGUUCCUCUGUUCCAUCUGCCUGUCUGUGUUCACCCAACCUGUGUCAAUUCCCUGUGGACACAACUUCUGUCUCAAGUGUAUCACAGACUACUGGGACACUCAGACUGUGUUCAAAUGCCCCAACUGCACACAGGACUUCUAUCCCAAGCCAAUGCUGAGUAUUAAUAUUUUUAUUGCUGACAUCGCAGAAAAUUUUAAGAAAUCAGCUGAACCAGUGUCUCCCGGAAGCCCUGAAGAGCCAGAAAAUGGAGAUGUGCUCUGCGACCGCUGCACAGGACCUCAACUGACAGCUGUAAAGUCCUGCUUAGUGUGUUUUAUGUCCUUUUGUCAAACUCAUCUGGAGCCUCACCAGAGGAUUCCCACACUGAAGAAACACAAGCUCGUCCCUGCGGCCAAAAACCUGGAAAGCCGGAUAUGCGAGCACCACCACGAACCUUUGGACCUGUUCUGCAGAGUGGAGCAAAUGUUCCUGUGUGAGAAAUGUCAACAAGCGGAGCAUAAGAACCACAAAACCGUGACUCUAGAGGAGGAGGCCGAAAUGAGGAAGAUCCAGCUGGUAUUAGAAAAAAGAGACGCGGUUCAGAUGAUGCAGGCGCGUCAGCAGAAAAUACUUGAGAUUCAACAGUCAGUGGGGGCCAGCAGGAAUAAUGCAGAUCAGGCGCUGUCGUGCAGCCAACAUGUGGUGACUGCCAUGGUGGACUACAUGAAGAAAAGCCUCUCUGAGCUGACGGAGGUAAUUGAAGCGAGGAAGAGGAAAAGUGGAACAGAGGCACUAGUCAUCAUUAAUGAACUGGAGAAAGAAAUUAUGGUAAUAAAGGGCAAAAACAGGCAGCUGGAGGCAGUUUCUCUGAGUAACGAUCCCUUCACAUUCAUGGAGAACUUCCUUUCUUUUAACAUCAAUUCACCUCAGGUGAAGGAUUGGUCUGACGUAGCUCUCAAGGAGGACCAAUAUACGAUCGAGGGGGCCAUGGAGAAGCUGCAGACAACAAUCAGGAGGGAAAUAAGCAUGCUGUGUGAUCCCGACUUCAAAGAAAAGCAGAAGCAUGCUGUAGAUGUGACGCUGGAUGCGGACACAGCAAACCCCACUCUCAGGAUCUCUGAGGACGGCAAGCAGGUCACACAUGUGAACCGAAAGGUGCACACUCCGAACAGACCACAGAGGUUUGACCUCGUCCUCAACGUCUUGGGAAAGGAAGGUUUCUCCUCUGGCAAAUUUUACUACGAAGUUCAGGUCAAAGACAAAACGCAGUGGGACCUCGGGGUUGCAAAUCAGUCCAUCAACAGGAAAGGUGACAUCAGACUGAGUCCGAAGACCGGAUACUGGACCAUCUGGCUGAGGAAGGGAAUAGAGUUCACGGCCAACGCUGGCCCUGCGAUCAGCCUUCAUGUGAGAGAGAUACCUCAAAAAAUCGGAGUGUUUGUCGACUACGAAGGGGGGGAGGUCUCUUUUUACGACGUGGACGCCAGGGCCCUCAUCUUCUCCUUCACCCAGUGUAACUUCACCGAGAAGCUCUUCCCGUUCUUCAGCCCCUGUUCUAACGACGGGGGCAAAAACUCAGCCCCGCUGAUCAUCACGCCCGUCGAGCACAACGGCUGAGUUUUCACAGGGGGUUGGUGGAAGACACGGGGACUCAGAUGGAUCACAACAGUGGAACAGUGAAAUGUUUUUAUCGGCGAGAUGGCAGUCUGUCAUUCAGCGUCUCCCAUCCGUCAGUGUCAGUGCUGCGUGUCGCAAUGUGUCGCCUGUCAGGCAGACAGCUGCAGAUCUCCAGCAGAGUCCCCGUGCAGCCACUUGGACAUUCACGACACACACAGACUUCGUCAUGACAGCCAUGCAUCACUUUGGUUUGAGUAAAAAUAGAUCUAUGAGGGGAGGACCUUCUUUUCUUUUUUUCUUUUUACAUUUAUACAUUUGAACUCCCGUGUUUCUGAAAACUGUCACAUUUAUAUCGAUGGAGUUGAUUAUCAGAACAGGUUCAACAUUUUUUGGGGGAAAAAGGACAACUCUAAGGAGACCGCAUCCUAAAAUGACCUCUCACUAAACCAGCAUGAUGCAGAAUGUCUAAAAAUCAAUUGCAUGACUCCAAAUUUAAAGCAGUUCCAAUGCGGAUGGAACUCUUUGUUUCAUCCAUAUUGAUGUUAUUUCAUUAAAAUGAUAAAAGGUACGUGGUAAAUCUCUGAAAAUUGAAUGGGAAAAGGAAACCUAACUUGAAUAUAAUGCAAUGUUCUCUGAUUAAAAUUAGACAAAUCUAUAAGGUGUAGGCUUUCCAAAUGGAAAUACAGCAAGUCUUUCUAAUGUAUACUGAGGAAACCAUUUAUAGUGCAAUCAUUUAAUGUCUUUAACUUCUUCCUUUACAAUUCUUUACCUUUUUUUUUUUUUUUUUUUUGCACUGAAGGUCUGUUUGGUGUGUGAAAUCAUGUGAAGUGAGAAAAUGGAGCUGUUAGAGUUAUUCAGAUGUUGACGCUAAGACAAUGGGAGCAGAGGAACAAAUCGCUGUGGCUUUUAGUUUAAUGGCAAAAUCCGCUCAUGAAUGUUUGAAAUGAAUAUGUCAUUUUGCCUGGAGUGUGUUUUCAAUGCAUCCCUUGUACUGUGAGUGAUGAUUAAAGAUUGUGGAGAUGCAAGAUGUGAAAUACAAAGCUAUUUAAAAAAUCGA